AUUUUGAGAGUUUGUUGAUUGUAGAGUUAAAAUGGCAGCCCUCACACGGAGGUCACGUUUUGUAUUUCCAAUAAAUUUAUUUAAGCAAAAGGCUGAACUUUCAACGUCAUGUGCCGCAUGCACUGCAAGAAGAUUUAGACAGGUGAUUCCUAUUCGAGAAGAUGAGAACGGGCUGCCGUCAAAAGCCUUGGCACGCUCAGCGUUGCAUUCGCUGAAGGAUCGAGGAUUCUGCCGGCCUAUGAAGCCGUACAAGCCAGCUGAAGAUGUGGAAGACAAAGUUAAGGUCGUCUACGAAGAAGUGCUUGGACAAAAGGCCGACAGCUCGUGGCUUCAGACACCCAUCAACGAGCCCCUGCUUAAGUUUAGGUUGCUGACGAGGUGCAUCAGUGAAUUUGGCCACGACAUCCCAAGCUCGGAGUUGAUGAAUGUGAAGUGCCUUGAUGAUGUAGUGGAGUACUUCUCCACACCUGUUGAAGGACUGUCCCCUUACGAAUCCCUUGUCCAGCGCAAGGAUCAGCUGCCCAAAAAUCUCCAUGUGAUCCCCAACUAUGUUCGCUUCAACCCUGAGACAGACACUUUCUUUGGCGGAGUAAAUGCCUACCCGGGAACAUCGACUAUCGUCACAGGCCUCAAGGCCAAAAAGAAGUACAAGGGUUACACUUCCAGUCCAACGUGGCCAUACAUAACCACGAGCACAUAAAUAUCGCAGAGGUCUUGCAAACUAUCCUUUAUUGUUUUUCAACCAUACGACAGCUUGCUGUACUAAGAAACUGAAUUGAAAUAAACUAGUAGCCUAGCAACAAAUACAAGUACUGCAGUCUACAUGCACACA